UGGUUUUAACCUGCAUUUUUGUUUAUUGCUUGCAAAUAUCUUUGAUUGUUUAUUUAUUAAUUUCUCAUCAGAGAAUGUCAGAGAUCAUUUCAAAGCAUUGAACACUAAAAGAACUUUCUUUUAGAGUUCACUGUUUCAAAGAUAUUCAUAAAAGAUAUAUAUAAAUAUAUCCACAACUAACGGAGGAAAAAUGGAUAGAGAUGAACGAAGUAUUGAUGUCAAAGAAGAGGUACAUAUUAUUCACGAUGAGGUGAAAUUAGAAGUUUCUGAACAAUUUAUAGAUGAAAAUGGAGUUUAUGGAAGAGAAGAAUAUAAAAUUAAGAAUGAAGAAAUCAACUCUAAUUCCUUAGUUAUAGAAGGUGAUUUAAAUCAAUCAUCAGUCUCUUUUACCGAAGAAAUGUUUCCAGUAUUACAUUCGCCUGGCAAUAAAUCUGAACCAGAAUAUCACUUGGUUGAUUAUCCUGCAGGUGAAGAAAAAUAUCUUGAUAAACACAUACAGUAUGAUCAUACCUCCAGUUCUAUAGAUGACAAGAAACGGCGGACUAAAUUAGGAGUCGUAGAUAUUUCUGAACAAGUUAUAGACAAAGAAAGAGUUCAUGAUAGAGAAGAAUAUAUAAUUAAGAAUGAAGGCAGCAACUCAAAUUCCUUAGUAACAGAAGGCGAUGCAAAUCAUUCAUCUGCCUCUUUAACUGAAGAAAUUCCCGGAGUAUUAGAUCCAGCAAGCGAUGAAUCUCUUCCUUUGAAUAUUAAGAAUCACAAGUGUGCCUCUUUUAAAGGAAAAGAGCCUAAAGUAUUAGAUUCUCUGAUGAAUAACUCUGAAACAGUUCACUUGGAGCAGAAUGAAUGUAAUAACAGAUGUCCUUCGAGUGAAAAACAUGAUCUUGGAACUCGCAUCCAGUGUGGUUCAAGUUCAAAAGAUCGCAAUAAAAAAAAGGUAAAGUCCAUCCAUUCAAAUAUCAAAAAUCACAAGUGUGACUUAUGUGACUUUGUUACAAAUAGAAAAUGGGAACUUAAAAAUCAUACAAACUCAGUUCAUUUAAAUAUCAAAAAACACGAAUGUCACUUAUGUGACUAUGUUACAAAUAAAAACUGGGACCUUCAAAAGCAUGUCAAUCGUGUUCAUCUGAAUAUUAGAAAACACAAGUGUCAUUUAUGUGAAUUUGCUUCAUGUGAAAAACAAAAACUGGAUGUACACAUUAAAUCCGUUCACCUGAAAAUCAAAGAAAACAAGUGUCAUCUAUGUGACUAUGAUACAAGCACCAAAAGUACUCUUCAAACCCAUAUUGAAUCUGUUCAUAUGAGAAUUAAGAAAAUUAAGGAUCACAAGUGUAACUUAUGUGAAUUUGCUGCAAGCUCGAAAACCGUCCUUGAUAAUCAUGUGAAAUCUGUUCAUUUAAAAGUCAAGGAUAACAGAUGCCAUCUAUGCGAGUAUGUUGCAUGUAGAAAAGAUACUCUUCAAAAUCAUAUCGAUUUUGUUCACUUAAAUAUCAAGAAAUACCAGUGUGACCUAUGUGAAUAUGCUGCGAGUGUCAAGAAAUGCCUUGUAGCGCAUGUUAAGUCAACACAUUUGAAAAGUAAGGAGCACAAGUGCCAUUUAUGCGACUACGAUACAGAAAGAAAAGAAAAUCUUCAAAGGCACAUCGAUUCUGUUCAUUUGAAAAUCAAGCAACAACAGUGUCAUCUAUGCGACUAUGUUGCAUCCGAAAAAAGUAGCCUCCGAUAUCAUAUCAAUUCUGUUCAUUUGAAAAUUAAGGAGCACAAGUGCCAUUUAUGCGACUACGAUACAGAAAGAAAAGGAAGUCUACAAAGACACAUCGAUUCUGUUCAUUUGAAAAUCAAGCAACAUCAGUGUCAUCUAUGCGACUAUGCUGCAACCGUGAAAGAUAGCCUCCGAUAUCAUAUCAAUUCUGUUCAUUUGAACAAGCAACAUCAGUGUCAUCUAUGCGACUAUGUUGCAUCCGCAAAAAAUAGCCUCCGAUAUCAUAUCAAUACUGUUCAUUUGAAAAUUAAGGAGCACAAGUGCCAUUUAUGCGACUACGAUACAGAAAGAAAAGUAAAUCUUCAAAGGCACAUCGAUUCUGUUCAUUUGAAAAUCAAGCAACAACAGUGUCAUCUAUGCGACUAUGUUGCAUCCGAAAAAAGUAGCCUCCAAUAUCAUAUCAAUUCUGUUCAUUUGAACAAGCAACAUCAGUGUCAUCUAUGCGACUAUGUUGCAUCCGCAAAAAAUAACCUCCGAUAUCAUAUCAAUACUGUUCAUUUGAAAAUUAAGGAACACAAGUGUGAUACAUGUGAGUAUGUUACAAGCAGAAAAAGUAUUCUUCAAAAGCAUAUUGAAUGCGUUCAUUUAAAGAAACACAAGUGUCAUUUAUGCGAAUACACUUCAAAUAUGAAAACCAAACUCAAUAAACACAUAAAAACCGUUCAUUUGAAAAAAUAAGAUUAUACAAGUGUCCACUAAGUGUUUUCAUUACACAUAGAAGAAGUUACCUUAAGAAGCAUGUAGACCAUAUCCAUCUAAAAUAUCACGAAACACAAGUGUUUCUUAUGCGAUUUUGCUGCAGGAGAAAAAACAUAAACUUGAUGUACACAUAAAAACAUUUCAAAAUCAAGGAAUACAAGUGUCAACUAUGUGAGAAUUAUGCAGGUAGAAAAAAUAGUCUUAAGAGGCAUAUCGCCAAUAUUGACGCAAAUAUCGAGGACCCUUUGUUAUAGUGACAAGUAUAAUUUUUCGCUCAUGUAUUUUAUAUUUUUCAUUGAAUCGUUUCUUCUGUCAUCUGAAGUGAUCGAGACAAAGCAGUCAUUUCCUCUUAAGAUAAAGGUAUUAUAAGGAAUAUGCAAACUUGUACCUAUACCUUUUAUUGUGAAAACUAAAAGAGCUAAAAGGAAAAGUUAAAUACAAAAUUUGUCUGUAA